CGCCUCCCCCUCUCCCCAAACAACUUCACCUUCCCCUUCCUCCUCAACUCCUCCGCCUCCCUCUCCCUCCUCCCCUCCGGCUCCGAGCUCCAUGCCCGUCUCACAAAAACCGGGUACACCUCGUACCUGCCCGUCGCCAAUGCCCUCGUUGAUUUCUACGGAAAAUGCGGCCAACUUGAACUUGCCCACGACGUGUUUGAUGAAAUGGCUCUUAAAGAUACAGUUUCUUAUAAUGCCGUUCUUGGGGCCCACGCUAGGUUAGGAGAGGACAUGCGCCGUGCCCGGAAGGUGUUUGACGGAAUGGGAGAGAGGAACGUGAUCACGUGGAACGCGAUGGUGGUCGGGUACGUCAAUGCUGGGGAGCUGGGGAUGGCGAGGGCGGUGUUUGAUGAGAUGACGGAGAGGAAUGUGGUUUCUUGGAGCGUGUUGGUGAUGGGGUAUUGUAAGGGGUGUUUGUUGGAUGAUGCGAGGGAGUUGUUCGAUAGGAUGCCGAAUAAGAAUUUGGUUUCGUGGAGCGUGAUGAUAACAGGGUAUUCGCAAAGCGGGAGGGCGGAGGAGGCGAUGGGUUUGUUUUGGGAGAUGGAGAGGACGGGGGUUGCCCUAGAUCCUGCGACGAUGACUGGGGUUAUCUCUGCCGCUGCCCAAUUGGGGAGAGCCGAGCUCGCAAAUUGGAUCGGAUGCUACGUGGACCGAAAUGGGAUUGAGAGGAACGAGCGGGUCCUCACUGCACUGGUCGAUAUGCACGCUAAGUGUGGGAAUGUUGAACAGGCUCUUCACCUGUUUGAUGAAAUCCCUUAUCGAGAUGUGUUCUCGUAUGCUGCCCUGUUAAACGGGCUCGCUUCCAAUGGUCACGGAGAGAAAGCUCUAGAGAUAUUCUAUCGAAUGCGAGCAGACGGCAUAAAGCCUGACCACAUAACAUUUGUUGGAGUGUUGAGUGCUUGUAGCCAUGCUGGGCUAGUUGACAUGGGGUUGGAAUUUUGGGAGAGCAUGGUUCGGGAUUAUGAAAUUGAGCGCGGACCUGAUCAUUAUGCUUGUGUUGUUGACAUGUUAAGUCGUGCAGGACGGCUUGAAGAAGCAUUUGAAAUGGCAUGGAGUAUGCCAAAAGGGCCACAUCCUGGAGCUCUUGGAGCUUUGCUUGCAGGUUGUAAGACUUAUCGUAACCUGGAGAUUGCAGAGAGGAUCGCUGGGAAGUUAUUUGAGUUGGAGCCUGGGAAUACAGGGAACUACAUACUUCUUUCAAGCAUUUAUGCGUCAAAAGAUCGAUGGGAGGAUGCUGCACGAGUUAGGAGAGUGAUGAAGGAGAGAUGUAGUCAGAAGAGCCCAGGAUCAAGUUGGUUUUAGGAUGUCACUGUAAAUAAAGAGAGAGUGCUAUACUUACCAGCGAUAUGCAUGUUGAGCUUACAGCAGUUGCAAGUUUUAGAAAGGAAUGGCGUGCAAGAAAACUUUGAACUUCAUUUAAUGAGCAUGAAACUAGUGUAGAUGAAUUAUGAAGCACCAAUUGCAAGUUUUAGAGA